UUAUCUCCUCAAACUGAUUUGAGAAAGCACGACCACAAAUCUGGAUAUCCAAGAGUGAAUAACUUCAGAGGAUUGGCGGCAACGUUUUGACGUUUGAAGUUGACUUUUCGUUUUAUCGCGUGGCAUCAGCUGAAGAUCUGAUACUUUACUGAUUCAUCGGUUGGUUCUCGUUAGGGUCUUUGAACAAGUGCUCCGUGCAACCGUUUCUUGCGUGCAGAGAGCCCGGAGAUAUGACCGCCUUAGUGGGGGGCAUUUCCAGGAUGAUGCGCCCCACGCCACCCCAAAACUAUCCGAGAGCAGGCUACUCCUUGGAGGUCUCCACGCCUUUAGGCCAGGGCCGCGUGAACCAGCUCGGUGGAGUCUUCAUUAACGGACGGCCUCUGCCCAAUCACAUCCGCCACAAGAUAGUAGAGAUGGCCCAUCACGGAAUUCGACCGUGUGUCAUCUCCCGACAGCUGCGUGUUUCGCACGGAUGCGUGUCCAAAAUUUUAUGCAGGUACCAGGAGACCGGAUCCAUUCGGCCCGGCGCUAUUGGCGGCAGCAAACCCAAGCAGAGCACAACUCCCGAUGUGGAAAAGAAAAUCGAAGAAUACAAAAGGGAGAAUCCAGGGAUGUUCAGCUGGGAGAUCCGGGAUAAACUGCUGAAAGACGGAAUCUGCGACCGAAAUAACGUUCCCACAGUAAGUUCCAUCAGCCGCAUGUUGCGCUGUAAAUUUGGUGGAAAUGGAGAUGAAGAUGAGGAUGAUGAUGAAGUCGAAAAAAGGGAGAUCGAGGAAAACGAAAGAAGGGCCAAACACAGCAUCGACGGGAUUCUUGGUGACAGAUCAAGCCAUUCAGACGAGGGCUCUGAUGUGGACUCGGAACCGGGUUUGCCACUUAAGAGGAAACAGCGGCGCAGUCGGACCACGUUCACGGCCGAGCAGCUGGAAGAGUUGGAGAGGGCAUUUGAACGCACACACUACCCUGAUAUAUACACAAGAGAAGAGCUCGCUCAGAGAGCUAAACUCACCGAGGCACGAGUACAGGUGUGGUUCAGUAAUAGAAGAGCUCGUUGGAGAAAGCAGGCAGGAGCCAAUCAGCUGAUGGCAUUUAAUCAUCUGAUACCUGGUGGUUUCCCACCAUCCGCGAUGUCAAGUCUUCAACAGUAUCAGCUGGCAGACAGCCCAUACCCUCCCUCCUCGAUUUCACAAGUUUCUGAGCAGCCUAGCACAGUGCACCGACCUCAGCCUCUUCCCCCAACCUCGGUGCAUCAGACUGGGCUUGGCAGCGGACCGGGGGUCCAGGAGGGAAGUUCGGCCUACUGCCUCUCCUCGGGACGUCAUGGCUUCUCUGGUUACUCAGACGGCUAUGUGACCGCAUCAGGCCAUGCAAACUCAGUUAACCCCACCAUCAGCAAUGGCCUCCCAUCACAGGUUAUGGGUCUGUUGAAUCCAGGCGGAGUGCCCCACCAGCCGCAGAGUGACUUUGCUCUCUCUCCAUUGACGGGUGGUUUGGAGCCCAGCACGGGCAUGGCUCCCAGCUGCCACUCCUCUCAGAGACUGGAGGCUCUGUCAGGCCUGCCCAGCAUGCCAGCUCUGCCGAGCUCCCAGUCCUACUGCCCCUCCAGCUACAGUUCAUCCGGGUACAGCGUGGACCACGUGGCAUCUUAUCAGUACAGCCAAUAUGGGCAGAGCAAGGUGCCUUUCAUUAUCUGAAGCCCACCAUUGACUGACUGAAUGAAGACAGACAGAAAGGAGAGGACGAGAACUCUGGAUGGUCUGACCGUAAACUCUUGCACUUGAGCUCUCCUUCACCUCUCGAUUGAGUGACCAAAUGGACCAUCCAUCCAGCCCUCUCCUCACUGGCUCUCCGACAAAAGAGCUCCUAGGAAAUGACAGUCCUCUCUGAUGCAUCUGAGUCCAAAGUGCAACUGAACGGAUCGGGAGUUGUUUUCAAGAAAGGGAUUGUGGGUAGGGUUGGGUUGGAUUUAGGACCACGACUGAAGUAGGUGUGGAAAGGUUAGUUUGAUGUUGUGUGGCCAGCUUUUACUUUAUUUCCAUUCCGUUCUGGAGUACUGCCUCACACGUUGACGACACUUAAUGCCUCUUUCCUAAAGAACGUCAAGCCAUUGAACAUGAGGACAAAAGGGAAGACUGAAGGACAAAUAAAUAAAUCAAAGACUGUGCAUAUUAACAGCAUUGAAUGGCAGGGAAGAGUGUGGUGCCAUACUCUGUUAACAUCUGUCCGCUGAUGGACGCACUUUAGUGGCUGGUUUCCAUUGUGACGCAACUUGACAUUAAUGACUCUGGUUGUGGCAUAAUAACAUGACAACAUGAUCGCAUAAUGUUGUUUUGUUUCUGAUAUAUAUAGGCAAUAAGGGCUCAAAAAAGACAGACAUGCCAAUUUUUUAAUUUUGCAUUUUUAAAGAAAUAACUUAAAGGUGAAGUGUGUAAUUUUUAGUAGAAGUUAAAAUACUGUCUCCUGUACCAGCUUAAUAUGCAGAGAGAACUAUAAGGGGCCAUUCACUCUGAAUGCGUUUUUGUGUCCAUCUGCGCUGUUUUUUAAAUUGUUUUCCUAUGUAAACAUGCUAACAUUUCUUGCUGUUUUUACAGCGCAUCAUGCAGGGGUGCCAUGUUUUGUAGACACCAUGUCAAGUUAAAAAGAACUUCAACUUUUAAAAAUAGUCUAGAUUUAUAUUCGUUGAAUGGUUUUAUUUAUUUAUUUUUUUAAGAAAGAAGUGUGUGGUCUGAACAGCCCCUAAGAAGGCCAUUUGUAGGUUGAAUACCCCUAAAAAAAAAAUAAAAAAAAAAGUGUAAACAUUGUGGCCCUGUGGGAUCUUUAAAGGUGCUAUAUGUAAGAUUGACAACAAGCGUUUGAAAUGGGUACUGCAGUCCAAAUUCAAAAUAUUGGAGAGUUGUCUGCCCCGCCCCAGACUCGAAGCUCAUGCGAGUUGCCAGAAUUUUGACUUGCAAAUUAGCUAACUGUGCAUCCAUUUUAAAGGAUUUCUAGGCUUUAAGCUGUCUCCAUUUUCCAAAGGCAUCUCCGAUAUUUAUCCUUGUUUUACUACGCCUCUGGUCAUUGUGGUUUCUUGAAGAAUGGCGAGGCUUUUUAGGUUGGGUGGAAUCGGUUAUCUCUUAUGCAGUUCGUUUGCUGGCUUCCAUGGCUGCAGCAUGCAGUGUUGUUUGCCUGCAAACUUGUUCAAAUCUGGCAACUUGGCGGUGUCGAAAUACUAUUGGUGAGUGGGCAGUGGACGGGAUCACACAGGCCAAAACAUAAACAGAAAUUCCGGCCUGGAAUGGAAACUUCAAAGUAGAAUAUACUGGCUGUAGCAUUGUUAUCGGAGAAGCCAGUAUUUCAACUUAGCAUGUUUCCUAAUUCUCUAAUGAAAUAUCAUGGUCAUUUUAUGAUUUAGUACAGUAAAAAUAUUACAUAUAUCACCUUUAAAACAUUGCUCUGUGUUUGAGAAUAUCGAUCAGUCUAAGACGGCAACAUUGGCUCAACCAAUGGCGUGAGUUUGGGGCGGGACUAUCCGUUUUUCAGACUAAUGGCAAAUGGGCGGAGUGUUUUCACGAGAAAGCUGUUAAAAACAUUGGUAACAGUUUACAAUAAGGUUCCAUUUGUUAACUUUAGUUAACAACAUUAGUUAACAUGAACUUACAAUGAGCAAUACUUUAACAGCAUUUAUUAAUCUUAGUUAAUGUUCAUUUGAACAUAUACUAACACAUUAGUUGUACUUAUUAGUUAAUGCACUAUGAACUAACAUGUAUUUUUAUGAACUAACAUUAACAAAGAUUAAUUAAUGCUGUAAAAAAAUAGAUUGUUAAUUGUUUGUUCAUGAUACCUAUUGCAUUUACUGAUGCUAACAAAUGAAACCUUGUUGUAAAGUGUUACCAAAACUUUCAUCAUUAUUUUUGCAGUUCCGUUUGGUGAUGCUAACAGCACAGAAAUUUCACACUUCACCUUUAAAUAAAAACUUAAAACACCAGAACAUUCAGCACAAAAGCACUCAGGUCCUCUUCAUGGAAAGAGAGAGAGAGAGACAUAGAGUGAUAAAGGGAGAGAGAGAGUGACCUGAGUGGAAUGCAGUGCACUCAAGUGUCCGAUGGCAUUUCAAUCAUGUUGAAGAGAUAGAGAAUGAAUGAGUGUCACCCUGUGUAGUGCAGUCUAUGUCAAUUCAGCAAGACAAACUCAUAUACUACCAGUUCAGCUGAACACACACAAUAUACCUUACUCAGAGACAGCGGCUUUGUUCAGAAUCUACUGUACCAUUUAUUGCAUAGGCCUACUGUCCAGUAUACAGUGCUGCAUACAAUUGUUUUAGUUGAAAUAGUAUGUGAAACAAUGCAUUAUGCAACGAUAAAUAUUUCAAAUACUGUGCAACAUUUAUGUCAUAUAUCCAAACUAUGUGGCAUGUUUAGAAUUUUCAAUGCAAUUCUCUGUACAAAUGUCUUAACUUUUGGCAGUCAGAUUAAAUAUUGAGUCAAGACAAAUAAUGUAAAACAUUUGAAGGAUAUUACUCCAUUUGCUACAAUGGAAAUGGAAGGUCAAGUCAAACGCAUUACAUUGUUUGAUGUAAUACUUCACGCAGUGUUAUAGUAAAUGUAGAAUUGGUCAUCUGGUUAUUCCAUGCAUACAGAAAAUUUGCAUACUGUGCAUAACAUAGUGCAUGCUGCAAAAAUAUUAGUAGUAUGGUAGUAUGCUAUUCUGAACAUAGCCAGAGACACACACACAACGAACCCAGUGAAAGUGCAAUACACACUCAAUACCUCAUAAACACUCACAGCUUAUCACUCGUUCACAAAUCUGAUCUGUUCUUAAACUCCAUGUUACGUUUAUGCUAUGUAUUCUUAUUUUUUCCAUGCAAGAAAAGUUCCAGAUGGUACAGCAUUUCAUAAUUAGUGUGUAUGCUCAUUUACGAUGGAUGCACGCAAAACUCAACUUUACUUCUACUCUGCAAGUUUAGAAAAGACUUGCUGCUGAGUGGGAACUAUUCUGUCUCUGCAACAAAACGCUCCUCUGUAUUUAGAUCAGGGGUUUCCAAUCCUGCUCCUGGAGGGCCAAUGUCCUGCAGAGUUUAACUCCAAUCUGGUCCAACACACCUGCCUGGAAGUUUCUAGUAAUCCUGAAGACCUUGAUUAGUUGGUUUAGGUGUGUUUAAUUGGGGUUUGAGCUAAACUCUGCAGGACAGUGGCUCUCCAGGAGCAGGACUGGGCACCCCUGAUUUAGAUCUUAAGAAUUGGAACAAUACUUUUUUACCUUGUUGUUUUUAUACUUUGUAUUUUGGUUCACGACUGCAUAUAAUUGUUGAUGGAUAAUGUGUCAAAUGCAGCACUAUUUACUAUUUAUAAGAAAAUAAAUAAAUUGCA